GUACAGAGCUGUGCACCAGAAGGUCAUGGUUAGAUACCGGCCGAUCUCGGCAAACAGUUUUCUUAAAGUUGUGGCAAGGUGUGGGUCAUCUUUCAAUUGAUUACGGGAUUAUUUCGGAGUGAAUUGUACGUUUAACGUUUUGAUGAAGUCUUUUAGUGAAAACUUGGAUGAUGCUGGAAAUGUGAUCAAUUGUUAAUUAUUGCACAUCGAUUAAUUUGAGAUCAAUUAAGAAUACAAGUGAAUUGGACGUUCUAAACUCAACGGAAUAAUUUUUAAUAGACCCAACAGAAUAUUUUUUAUUGUGAAAUAAAAUUUGUUGUUUUAGUGAAUAAUGAAGGGUGACAAUUUGUGCUUUAUUGCUUAUUAUUGACAGGCUUAAAAGUGAUUUUAAACAUAGUUAUGGAAACUUGUGUAUUGAUACCUCAAGAAUUGGCUUUGGCCGUUACAACGGCGGGAGCUCGUCAUUCAAAUGAGCCAAUUGUAUCAGUUUGGAGCAUAACUCGAAUUCCUCAAGGAUCCCUCUGUUAUCCUUUUCAAGGGACUAUCAGAACUGAUAAGCUAGAAGUAUAUUCCUAUGUUUCGGAUGAUGAUAUAAGGCACAGAUUUGGAUUAUAUGAUGAAAUUUCUGCAACUAAUGGAAAACGUGUUCGACACUGUAACUGGAUAAGGUUUCUGAGGGUUUCAGAAACUUAUGGCUCAAUGGUAAAUAUAGUUUGUACUAAAGUCAAGGGAGAACCAAUCUAUGAAAUUGUGAAGCCAAUUCCUGCUCAUCAAGAGCUAGUCGUAUAUUACUUGCCUGAGCGACCGGAGGAACUUUUCUUCGUUAGAAUGAGAAAUACUCUGUAUCGACAAACGAUGGAUUCAAUAAUUGAAGACUCGCCUCUGGACUUGUCGAUGUCUCUCAUGUCGCGAGUCCUGCUGCCCAUUUCACCAAUAUCCGGUGGUGAAGACGAGCACAAGUCAGUAUCUGGUGAAUCUUCUACGUCAUCAUCUGCCGCUAGUUGUACAGGAGAUCUGAUAGAAACAGGGAUGCUGAGCUCAAUCCACAGAUGCUCCCCAAAGUCACGCACAACGCGUGGAGAGCGGGCCCUACUUCCAUGUGAAGUAUGCGGAAAAACCUUCGAUCGACCUAGUCUGUUAAAACGACACAUGAGAACUCAUACAGGUGAAAAGCCGCACGUUUGUAUGGUAUGUAAUAAAGGUUUCAGUACAUCAAGUUCAUUGAACACACAUCGUCGAAUACACUCCGGCGAGAAGCCACAUCAGUGUCAGGUGUGUGGGAAACGCUUUACGGCCAGCUCCAAUUUAUAUUACCAUCGAAUGACUCACAUUAAGGAAAAACCUCAUAAAUGCGGAUUGUGUUCCAAGUCUUUUCCAACUCCAGGAGAUCUAAAGUCACAUAUGUAUGUUCACAGUGGCUCUUGGCCGUUCAAGUGUCAUAUUUGCUCGAGAGGAUUUUCAAAGCAUACUAAUCUCAAGAACCACCUCUUUCUCCACACAGGUGACAAACCUCAUGCGUGUGAAUUGUGCAACAAGAAGUUCGCCCUUGCUUGCAAUUUGAGAGCUCACAUGAAGACUCAUGAAGGCGAUCCUCAAGAAGAAUGUUUGAGCUGUGGUAAAGUGUACUUGCUAUCAUCAAAUAUCAUACAUCAGGGAAUGUGUUCUAAAUGCAUCUCUAAUUCAUCUGGGGAAUCUGGAGAACGACGCAGGGAGUCUAGAACAAGUAUUUUUCGCUCAUCGGGUGAAUCUGGAACUGAAGAUGAAUCCAUAAAUGAAGAUACUGAAUAAGUAUAAAAAAUUGUGUACAUGUAAUUAUGUUGUGUAACUAAAGUAUUACCAUUUCAUUGAGUAAAAUAUGGAAGUUAAUUUAUCAAGUUAAUUCUGUAUUUAAAAAAAAUAAUUUUAAAACAAUUUUCUCAUAGUUGUAGAAGUAGUUUAUUAUUUUUGAUUUUUUUUUCAUUGGAAAAAUACUUAUUUUAAGGUGUCGUAUCAUAUAUAGUUAUGUUUCAUACAGUUAUAUCAUUCAUGGGCUUCACAUGAUAUUGAAGUUCAAUCUACGAUGAUGGGAGGAAGAACUUGACAAUCAUGUUGGUGUUUUUAAGCUAUACAUAUAUCUGUGCUCGUAUUAUUUGAAUUUUAAUUGAUUCAGAAAAUAUAGUUCUAGCUCUAUAUGUAUCUCAUCUGUCAGUUUCAUUUUUCAUUUUACGCUUCAAAACAUAUAGAUACACUUUUCAAUCACUUUUUUGUGCAGCUUCAGUUUCUUGUGUAGAUUCUGACGUCUUUUUUUCUGUAAUUCUCCUUCGGAACCUUACGUUUUUAUGACAUUUUUUUUUAACUGUACAUUUAUUAAUACAAUCAUGUGACAGAAGAUUAAAUACAUGGAAUUUAUUUUUUUCACAUAAUUUAAUAAUUUGAAAACCUUAGAUCAAACACUUUGAUUGUGUCAAUGAAAUUCAUCUUAUAUAAUAUCAAUUAGACAAAAUAUUUGAGCAGUUCCCAAACUAUGUAUUGAAGAAAAUAAUGAGGGACAUAUGACACAAAAUCCUCUAAAAAUCUCGUAUUUGAUUUUUGGUUGAAAUAAGAGCGAUGUUUCUCAUUCUUAUCCCAAGAUUUACUGUGAAGUUUGAGAUGCUUGACAAACUUAACAGAUGAAGGAAAAAAAUUACCUGUUAUGCUAUAAUUGAUCAUUUAAUUCGACAGUUUAUAUCGAAUUUCACGAUUCUUAAGCUAAUUUUCCUAUUUUGUUGCACUACGGAAGAGCUGGGUUACAUCGUCUUUUAGUUUCUUCUUAAUUUUCCCAAGACUUUUCAAUACACCUGAAAUGUAGGCAAAACUAAUUUCUUCAUUUUGCGGUAUUCAAAUGGUCAUGGCUCUGGUUUUAUGAGACAUAAGUUCAUCUUCAAUAGUGCGAAUGAAAGGUCUUCAAAGAGCCAAUAAAUUUCUGUAACAAGUUAACUUUAAUGGCUGUGUGGAUAUGGACAAAACGUCCUGAAUAAAACCUCAAGCAAAGAAGAACAACACGUUAACUUUAAAAACUCAUCACCAGAGGCGCUGUUGUUUACAUACAGCAGCGCCUACAUCAACAAAAAUCAAAUUUACCUUAUUUGGAAAUUAAAAUCUCUCUAGUUCUGGUUUUACUUUACCGAACUUAAUGAUUUAUGGUGAAAAUGAAAGGUCUUCAAAUUUCUAAUCUUUCUCUAAAACAAGUUGACUUUCAAAAUUCUUCAUCAGUAACGCUGUAGUUGUCAUAUAUCUGCCUAUGAACAUGGAAAAACAAUUUGAAUAAAAGUAAACUGAUUUUUUGAUGAGCUUAAAUUAAAAUUAAGUGCUAUAAGGCAACCCUAAUAAUUAUAGUCCAGCGCCCCUGGUGAUGAUGGAAACGACUGUAUGGAUCCGUUCAGUACACUGAGAAAAAAUGGAGUGCGAUUAACUUUUUUUCCUCGUAACUUUAACACUUUUUUGGUGUAAAAAUAUAUCAGCAUUUUUUAAUGUUAAUUUAAUACCUUUUUAAGGGUAAAAUUAACAUGAAAAAGGGUAACUUUAACCCAUAAUACACCUAAAAAGCAUAAUAUUUACACCGAUUUCGGAUCAAUAAUGCAGGGUAAAAUAACAUUUCCGGAAUGUUAUUUUAACUUUUUCGGAUUUCUCUCAGUGUAAUAACCUUCCGAAGAUACAAAGUCACUACAAAGCCAAGCCAAACCUAUUCGAAAAUCUACUGGAAGCCUAAGUAUUAAGUUCACGUAUUCGCCGCUUUAGCGCGAUUGUCCUGCCAUUAUUUUAAUGAAAUUCAACUUGCUCACUUUUGUGUAACUCGUCAAUUUUGAUCCUUUCGUUUUUAAAGGGUUAACGAGAAAUAUUUUGUUUUUUUGACUUCUGAGUAGUCGAGACUAUCGCAAAGUUAUUUUUCUUUUUCAAAAAAAAAAACAAAGAUUUUCAAAAAACGGGUACGAGAGGCAAAAUUUCCAAAAUUUUUAAAUGAAAAUUUCAGAAAAUAUAGUUUAAAUGUUGUCUUUUCAUCUAUUUAACAGUUUCAAUUAAAAAAAUGAAAAAAUAUAUUUAAGAAAAUAUUCUAUUUUUUAAUUUUAGUUAACCCUUUAUAAACCAAUCAUUUUCCCUUAAACUCAGAUUAUUUUUCAAUAAAUUGUUAGAUAUUCUGUUAGACAAAAAUAUUAAAAGCAAAUGGCGAUACUACAAAAUGAUUCUUAAAAUUAAAAAAAAAAUAAUAAACAAUUGCUUAAACUUUGAAAUGAACAACUUUGAGUUUCUAAAGAUAAUGAAUUAUUAUAUUUGUUUCUGAGCAAUGGCGUUUACACACUAGAAGCAAUUUUCGUCUAAAAUUACUUUAAAAAAAAAAACUGCAGUUCAAGCUCGAUAGGGGAAUUUUCUUAAAAAAAAUCAUUUUUAAAGAAAAUGCUCCUAGUACAACCUAGAGCAGUGGCUCUCAUUCAUCCUUUAACUGAUUUAUUUGAUUUAAGGUGAAGAACAAUUCCAAAAGUGAAACUUUUCUCUGGGAAAAAAUCUUGUCAAAUAUUCAUUAAAAACAGAAUGUUGAGAAUAAAAUCUUACAGAAGACCAAGAAAUAAAAAUCCAAAAAGAAAGACAGGAAAAAAUGGGAAAAAGAUCAUUUUCACUUUGAAAGAUUUAGGUUUGUACACUGAACUCUGCGUACGAUGUAGCCCCGCUCUUCCAUAUAUUGAUUUAUACUAUUGAAUAUUCAAUCAUACUCAAAAAUAAUCCCUUCACACUAUAAUCACCCAACUUCUUCAGUAUUCAUAUUUUUUACUUGUUAAAUUGUAAGAAAAAUAGGUGAGAUUAUUAUGAAUCUCACUGAGUACAACACAAAUUAAUUAAAAUCUGCGCAAUUUAAGUUUUUGAUUUAUUCAAGAUGUCAAGUUAUCAGAAACAUCGAUAUUUUUCUCUUUUAAUAUUCCAAAAUCAGUUUUAUUUCAGAGCAUCAUUCUAUUAUUUAGUACAAAAAUAUCCUUAUUCACAAGACUGCCUAUGAAGUUUUCUUCGAGACUGAUUUUCUUAGCGCAUUACUUUAUCGGAAAAACAAGUAUUUUUGAAAUAGAACUAAAAUUCCCUACUUGGUCCUUUUGUGCACUUUCAAGUAUAUGGCUGUUUACAAAUGAUAACUUGACGUACUUGUAUAACAAACUUUUAAUUAGUGAACAAUUUUUGAAAGCUAUGAUUUUAUUUUUGUUAGUUUAAGUUUGCUCUCUAUUUUGCCCCAUAGUUAAAAUUUUAAGAAAUAAUGUUUCUCUAUUUUAAUUGUUGGUGUAAGUUUAUUGGAUAGUUUUUAUUAAAUAUUUAUGUUCCACUUUUCUAGUCAAGUUAUGCGAAAUAUUAAAAAAAAAAUAUGCAGGCACAUUGAAAUCAUUGUAUAGGAUAUAUGGGAAGGCUGGACAAAUUAAAAGAAAAUACACGAUAAGGCUAUUAUUCGGGAUAAAAGAGCUAUUAAUGUUUUGGGAGUUCUAAAGAAUGAUACAAUGGGAAAAGAAAUUCAAUAUUGAACUUCAUAAACUCCACCCAAAAAUUAUUUUAGGUCACGCCCCGCUAUUAUAUAUAAGAUAUAUAUCUUAUAAGAUAAGCCACUCCCACAUGUGGGUGUGACUAAAAAUCUUAAACACGUUGAAAAAGCAUAAUAGAAGCCACCAAAUGCUUUUUCAAAGUUUCCAAUUUUUCUGACGAUUUAUUACAUGAAAAUUGGCUUAAUACAUUUCAUCUGUUAGAUAUAGGGCGAAGUGGGGCAGCUUUGAAAUUUAAUUGUACCGUAUCAUAAUCUGAUUUAUCCUUCACAACUAGUUUAUAGAACCCAAUUAUAUCAUGAUAAGGUGCAGUUUCAUUUAAAAAUAGGAGAAAACCCUAAUUUCAAAUCUGCCCUAAUUCAAAGGUGCCCCACUUCCUCCUACAUCAUUUUUACUCGAACCCACCGAUUUUUAUCUGCUGUUCUGUAAAUUCUGAAUGAAUUCUUAUAUGUUCUUUUAUCUUAAUCCCCGCCCACUUAUUCAUUAUCCCACCAAAAGCUACCAAUGUUUACUCCUUUCUGUAUAAUUGAUUAAGUGCAGAAUGAAUGCAAAAAAUAUGCUGCCACGUCCCACAUAUGCAAAUAUGUUGCAAUGUCCCCAUUCAAAGCGCCUAAUUUUAUUACUUUUCCCACAAAAUUGAUUGAAAAGGGAGCAGUGGUAAAAAAGGCCAAACCUCGAAUUCUUUUAAGCCACGCCCACUUUUCUGCAUUGUCUCCACCCAAAUUCUCUAAUUCCCUUUUUCCACUUUUAACAAUUUCUCUGUUUCUCGUAAACUUUAUUAAAUCUUGCUAAAUUUUCAAUCGUAUCCAAUAAUUCUGUAUAAGACUACUAUUUUUAAAAUUCUUUUUCUUGAAAUUUUUGAAAGUGGGAGGCAAUGCGAAAAAAUAAUUUCAAAAGCGUUUUAUAUGAAGUUCCGGUCACUUGUUUGGAUUGUCCUUAUUCUGUUUUAUUUUUGUAACGGAUAAGACUGAUGGAAAUUGAACGAAGAAGGGAAAGUUUCAAAUAAAAAGGAUUUUCUUUCAAGCCCCGCCCAGUUGUUUAGCAUUGACCUCUCUCAAAGCUUUUAGUUUUUGGAAAGUGAGAAUUUAAUUCUUAUAAUUGUAGAAAAUGGUAAAGUUAUCAAAAACAUUCUGAGAAAUAUGUUCUAAUUUUGUGCCUCAUAUAAACCCCUUUAAGGGCGUGGCUUAUUGUUUUUUGGGCGGAGCCUUCAGGAAGAACAAGAAACGAAUAAGUAAUGGUACCUUGGCAGAUAUUGUUACAUUUUAUUAGACAUUGAGAAAAAAUCAACUUUGUCAUAUAGCCGUAACUCCUAAAAGGGGCGUGACCUAAUUUAUCGGUGGCUUAUUUAUGAAGCUCAGUACUACCUUGUUGUAAAAAAGCUAUUUUUAAAUAAAGAAUUAUGCUACUCUGUACUUAUUCCAGUUUUCUCAUCAGUUACAUUGUAUUCAGAAUGAAAAAUCUCGAACAACAAGGCUUUUAUCCCGAAUACCAAUAUUUUAUUAGAAACCUAUAGGAGAUACAAAAGUGAUGAUAUAAGAUAAGGAACGAUAAGAAGGAUAUUUAGAAAGACAAAGCACAAGUUUAAAGCUGAAAACGACAAAUGUCGAUAAAGUCUAGUAAACGAAUUCAAACAGUUUUGUCCUUUUUUUCUCGUAUUUCUUACAGUUUGUGUGAGAUAAUAUCGUGCACUUGCCUUUGUCGGCCACCCAGUAUAUAUAGGUAUCUGAUGGACAUUGUUAAAAUGACUUUAAAAAAUAUACAGCUUGAAUUUCACAUUCAAUUUACAAA